AUGAAUGGUGAGGGUAUUUAUGCAUUUGAUGUCGAUGCCCCCAAUGAGCCCCUUGGCCCCCCCUUCAAAGGCCACGCUAACUUCCGUACAGUCAAGGAGGUAUCACUAGUAGGCCUCAAUCAGGAAUAUGUUGCUAGUGACAUCGCUCGGCCCGACCAAAGCGACGACGACGAGGAUGAUGACGAUGACGACGAAUACGUUUCUCGGCAUCCUGUGGAUCCUAGGCUGGCAUUCGUCGGUUUUGGUGCAGACCGUGACGUUGUGAACUGUGUCCAGCAGCAUCCUUCCGAGCUGUGUGUAGCUACCUCGGGGUUCGAGGAUGAUAUCAAGCUAUGGCGUCUAGGGAGUCCUAGGCAAAAACCUACACUGCGGGCCCUACGGCGAGCAUGUCAUGCUAACGCUGCUCCUGCACAGCUGGACAGGUUCCUCGACUUUCCUGUUGUAGCCAUGAUGAGACUGUUGGACCAACGUGUUCGGGAUGGCACGAUACAUGACGAGGACGAUGAUGACAUCGAAGGUGACGAGGAGGAGCUCUUGGCGCGCAGUCAACUGAGAAGACUGUUGUUCAGUUGGCGAGCAUACGUCCUCCGUCUGGCUCCGAUGAUGAUGUCAUGCCCAAUGCCCGAAGUAGCGCUAGUGAGCCAGGAAGUAUUGGAGAGGACGAGGAGGGUAGCGAUCAAGGCGAUAUCAGUUCCCCCCCAGACCCAGCCAGACGACGGCCACGUAUGA